CAGUAGUACAAGCUCUUUCAAAAGACACAUGAACCAUUCCUCGAAGUUGCACUGGUAAAGCUAUGAAGAAGACAAAAGCGAAAAAAGGAUAAUGGAGACGAUAAUAAUGAGAAAGAGUUAAAAGCCCUUUGCUUUUCUCCACACCAACUCAACUCUUUUCUGGGAUUUGAACCUUAACUUAGUAAAAACACAAAGAGCAUUCGAUCUUCAUAAACAAAGAUGAUGACGGCGACCCAAUCACGAACAUUCAGGUACGCCUUGCAAAACCCAAAUUUAUUCAUCUCUCGCUUGUUCUUCUGCUCCGAAACAAACCCAGCCACAAACGACCCCGUCGAUACCGUUUUCCGCAUCAUCAGCAGCUCCACCUCGUCCAAGAACAUGAAGCAAUCGUUGAAAUCAAGUGGGGUUUUCCUCUCCAACGAUUUAAUCGAUAAAGUCCUCAAAAGGGUAAGAUUCAGCCAUGCCAACCCUUUGCAAACUCUUGACUUUUUCAAUUACACAGGCAAUAGAAAAGGGUUUUACCACACGCCCUUUUCCUUGGACACCAUACUUUAUAUCUUGGGGAGAAGCCGAAUGUUUGAGAAAAUUUGGGAUGUUUUGGUUGAUACGAAAUUUAAAGACAGGAAUUUGAUAACCCCACGUACUGUAAUGGUUGUUUUAGCUAGGAUUGCUAAGGUCUGUUCUGUUAGGCAAACUGUGGAGUCUUUUCGGAAGUUUAAGAAACUAGUGCCUGAAUUUGAUACAAAUUGUUUUAAUGCUUUGUUGAGAACUUUGUGUCAGGAGAAGAGUAUGGCAGAUGCUAGGAAUGUGUAUCACAGUUUGAAGCACAGCUUUAGGCCCAAUUUGCAAACUUUCAACAUAUUAUUAUCUGGGUGGAAGUCAUGUGAGGAAGCCGAGGGGUUCUUUGAGGAGAUGAGGGAGAUGGGUGUGAAGCCUGAUGUUGUGUCGUACAAUUGUUUGGUGGAUGUUUAUUGUAAAGGUAGAGAGAUUGAGAAGGCGUUUAAGGUGGUUGCGAAAAUGCGGGAUGAGGAUAUACAGCCUGAUGUGAUUACCUAUACUAGUAUCAUUGGGGGUUUGGGGUUAGUUGGUCAGCCUGAUAAGGCUAGAGAUGUUUUGAAGGAGAUGAAGGAGGAUGGUUGUUACCCUGAUGUUGCGGCGUAUAAUGCAGCUAUAAGGAACUUCUGCAUUGCAAAGAGGUUGGGCGUUGCCUAUAGUUUGAUGGAUGAGAUGGUGAGCAAGGGCUUGAAUGCGAAUGCUACAACGUAUAACCUGUUCUUUAGGGUGUUCUACUGGUCGAAUGACUUGACAAGUUCCUGGAAUUUGUACGGAAGGAUGAUGGAGACAGGGUGCCUGCCGAAUACGCAGUCUUGUAUGUUCCUGAUCAGGUUGUUUAGGAGGCAGGAAAAAGUGGAGAUGGCACUGCAGCUGUGGAAUGACAUGGUGGAGAAGGGCUUUGGGUCCUAUGUCUUGGUUUCUGAUGUGCUGUUUGAUUUGCUUUGUGAUGCGGGAAAACUGAUGGAAGCAGAAAGGUGCUUCCUGCAGAUGGUAGAAAAGGGGCAGAAGCCAAGUAAUGUUUCUUAUAGAAGAAUAAAGGUGCUUAUGGAAUUGGCAAACAAGCAAGAUAGCCUUCACAUAUUGUCUGAGAAAAUGGCCCUUUUCGGGCCCGUUAGAACUUCCUGACAUUGCAGAUGAAUCAUUCCCUCGUUGAAUGAAACUUAUCUGGUUUGAAAUGGUACAAGGGAUUUCGGAGUAGACAUUGCACCUAAUUUGCCGGAUGGUGUGUGAAAAACUAAUAUAGGUGCACACCCAGUCGAGUUCAAAGUAUCGAGAUUUUGAGGAUCGAAAGUAUUGGCACUUCUAUUCUUUCCUGAUAGCCAUUGGGGAAUAUUUUUUAGACUCGAGAGGAUAGUAAGUUCCUUGUGGAUUUUUCAUACUUCCAGGGGAUCAUUUCUGUUCUAAUGCAACUCUCAUUUGGUAUUGACGUUGACCACAAGAUGAGGAAUCAAUGUGCUACGGCAUUCUUAUUGUUUCCAUAUGUUUUUAUACAGCACAAAACCAUCCAUCUCGCAUGUAGCUGAUUGUUUUUUGUGACUGUCAAUGCCUGGUGUGACUACUGUUAUGGGAUAUCUAUUUUUGGAAAGUUAUGCCCAAGUUCGUUCAAUUUUUUUGUUGGUUUACUUGAGCAAAAGGUAUAUAUACAUAGAUUGAAGAAUGCGGUGACUGUUUAAACACUCUCCUUA